AUGGCAACCUUUGUAAUCAACCGACUUCGUUCUUCCUCAGCCACAAAAUCACUGUCUUCACUUCUUGAUGGAAUCAGGUCUUACGCAAAGGUUGCAACUGGAACUGAUAUACUCUCUGCUGCAUCCAAUGUUUCUCUACAGAAAGCUCGCACCUGGGACGAAGGUGUUGAAUCCAAGUUCUCCACUACCCCUGUCAAGGAUAUCUUCAAGGAUAAGAAAGUUGUGAUCUUUGGUCUCCCGGGUGCAUACACUGGAGUUUGUUCAAGCAAACAUGUUCCUCCUUAUAAAGAUAAUAUUGAGAAAUUUAAAGCUAAAGGGAUUGAUUCUGUUAUUUGUGUGGCUAUUAAUGAUCCAUAUACUGUGAAUGCUUGGGCUGAGAAGAUUCAAGCCAAAGAUGCUAUUGAGUUCUAUGGGGACUUUGAUGGGAGCUUUCACAAAAGCUUGGAAUUAACUACUGAUCUCUCUGGCGGUUUGCUUGGAAUUCGAUCGGAAAGAUGGUCAGCAUAUGUGGUAGAUGGAAAAGUGAAGGCUCUUAAUGUUGAAGAAUCUCCAUCUGAUGUCAAAGUUUCUGGAGCAGAGACCAUUUUGGGACAAAUUUGA